AUGGCUCAGACACUCCUUUGGAUCGGCCUCGGCAACAUCGGCAGGGGUAUGUGUAAAAACAUUGCGGAAAAGUCCAAACUUGACAAACCACUCCUCAUCUACAACCGCACCACCAAGCGGGCCACGGAACUGAGCCAGAGCCUGCCCGCCGGUAAGACUCAGGUCGUCGAGGCGCUUGGGGACGCCAUCGCGCAGGCCGACAUCAUCUUCACAUGUGUCGCCAACGACCAGGCAGUAGAGGAAAUCUUCGCAACCGCAUCCCAGCAGAAACUUGAGGGCAAAGUCUUUGUCGAGUGCUCAACCAUAGCUCCCGGCGCUUCAGAAGCGGCCGCGAAGGCGGUGCUGGACAAGGGCGCCGAGUUCAUCUGCGCGCCCGUGUUCGGAGCACCCGCCAUGGUAGCAGCUGGCAACGCUACCUUGGUGCUUGCCGGGCCCAAGGCCUCGAUCGAGAAGAUCCGGCCCUAUAUCGAUGCCAUGGCGGCUCGCGAGAUCAACAUGGCUGACGAGCCGUACCACAAGGCGUCGACGUUGAAGGUGCUGGGUAACACCGUCAUCCUGGGCAUGGUCGAGCAGCUCGCUGAGACCUAUGUGGCUGCCGAGAAGAGCGGGCUCGGGACUGGCUACGUGAAGCAGUUUGUCGACGCCAUGUUCGGUGGCAGCCCUUACCCUGCGUACUCGGUGCGCAUGUUGGAGGGUGACUAUUACAAGAGGGAGGAACCGCUCUUCGCCGUUGAUUUGGCAAGGAAAGACGCCGGGCACGCCAUGGCUAUUGCCAAAGCCGCAGGGACACGGCUGCCAAAUAUUGAAAACGCCGAUAGGCACCUACAGAUUGUCAAGGAGCACGUAGGACCAUCAGGUGAUAUGGCCGGCAUCUACGGCGCCGUAAGAAAGGAAGCUGGCCUCAAAUCAAAGACUAAUGCACAACAUCAUGCUGGAAGACCAGGUGGAGAGACGGGAAUGACUAAGCACCAGCAACGGUCGAGCUGCCGGCUGCUCAGCCUUCCCAACGACGACAGAAGCAAUCGACGAAGCAGCACGACGACAUCAACGCGAAACCCGACAUACCUGCACAUCCACCAAAAUCACACCCUCUUCCGAAUCAAGCAGCAAAAAUGGCGCAAGGAGAACAAUAGGUACAGCAUCUUCGUCGGUCUCGUCAUCGUCGUCGCGAUGGGCGCUGGCGCAUGGUUCUUGUCUCCCAAGGGCGACACGCAGAUAGACACACAGCUGACCAUCAUCUACAGCAUCUGGAGAUCCUCCCUCCUCCUUGCCCUCGCAUGCUGCUAUCUCAUGUGGGCCAUCACGUUCCUCGCCCAACUUCACCCCUUGAUCGAACCCAAACGCAGCAACCUCCGAGAGAGCGCCGUGCACCAUUGA